CUUUUUCUCUCCUACAACUGCCCAUCAUCUACAUGCCCUGAGAACUAUUCCCCUUAUUCCCUAUCAUUGUUAGAAGUGGUGACUCUCAACCAUCAAUGGACCUCUUGUGCGCUCGUUAAUCCCGCCCAUUGUUUUGUCCGAUAGCGGACCCCGACAGACCACGAAUUUUUGAUCCUCGGUCCAACGCAGCCGAAUUCCAAUUGACACUCCCACUCAGUCUUAAUAGGGAGGGAGAAACAUACCGGCUUUUGCGACAUACGAGCACUGCCACUGUCGAUAAUGUCGUCGACGUCCGCACCGCUGCCGACUGCCACAACAUCCGGGAUAGCAGAGCAACGUUCUUCCGGAAAUAUGACCGAGGCCGACACACCAAAGCACAGUCCGCCAAAGCCCCAAAGCUCUAAGCAUGACUAUAAAGGCUUUGUAGCAGGGGUCUUCUCCGGGAUUGCCAAAUUAAGUGUUGGCCAUCCGUUCGACACCAUUAAGGUGCGCUUACAGACGAGCCAUGAUGGGCAUUUCCGGGGUCCUUUGGACUGCGUGCUACAAACAGUCCGCAAGGAGGGUGUUAGUGGGUUGUAUAAGGGAGCCACUCCGCCGCUGGUCGGUUGGAUGGUCAUGGACUCUGUCAUGCUGGGUUCGUUAACCUUGUAUCGCCGACUGUUACUGGAAAACGUGUUUUCAAAACCAGAAAUUCGUGCAAGCAUGCCGUUCAUUGGCAAGCAGACAGAUCUUCACACGCUCCCUAGCUUCGGUCAUGGUAUUGCAGGCAUCAUGGCUGGAACGACGGUCAGUUUCAUUGCCGCACCAGUGGAGCACGUCAAGGCGCGUCUUCAGAUCCAGUACUCUGCGGAUAAGUCCAAACGUCUGUACAGUGGACCUAUAGAUUGUGUUCGCAAGAUGCUUCGCACCCACGGCAUUGCUGGAUUAUAUCGUGGACUAUGCGCGACCAUGGUAUUUCGGUCAUUCUUUUUCUUCUGGUGGGGUUCCUACGACGUCCUGACCCGGUUGAUGAAGGAGAAGACCAGUCUGUCUGCCCCUGCCAUCAACUUCUGGGCCGGGGGGAUUUCCGCACAAAUUUUCUGGAUCACGUCGUAUCCGUCCGAUGUGGUGAAGCAACGCCUUAUGACGGACCCGAUGGGAGGCGCACUGGGCGACGGGCAGCGCAAAUUCCAAUGGUGGAAGGAUGCUGCAGUGGCAGUUUAUCGGGAACGAGGGUGGAGAGGAUAUUGGCGAGGGUUUGUGCCAUGCUUCUUACGAGCAUUCCCGGCGAAUGCUAUGGCUUUGGUUGCAUUUGAGGGUGUGAUGCGGUGGCUGCCAUCGAUUCCGCCGUCGCCGCCUUAUUCAAUCGCGCAGAACAAUAACCACAACCACCACCUUGCACUGCGAACCUCCUACUUCUCCCUCGAUCAGCAAACGGCUACGAUGGCCGUCGCACGCUCGAUGCGUCGCACAAGCCCCAUAACGGUCUUCCUGGCUGCCCUGCUAGCUUUCGGAUUCCUUUGCUUCCUGCUGUCCCCUUCCUCCUCCGCCGCCGCCGCCGCUCCUGUCACCGAUUCCUCCUCGCAACUACGACGAGAAGAUGCCGCCGAACAUCCCCUUUCUCCUCCGACGAAACCUUUCCUCAAAUCUCAAGCCGUCCGCGAAGAUGGCCAGAAAGCACCUCCGCCCGUGAUGCACUACAAUCUCAACGAGCUCAGCAGCACCAGCGAAUCUAUCAAGAAAGGGGAACGGGUGCUGAUUUUGACCCCAUUGGCCCGCUUCUACCAAGAGUUCUGGGACAAUGUUGUAAAAUUGAGCUACCCACACGAGCUUAUCUCGAUUGGAUUCAUCGUUCCCAAAACCAAGGACGGUGAUGCCGCUGUCACCGCGCUGGAACAGGCCAUCAGCGAGACUCAGUCCGGUCCGGUUGACAGCCGCUUCGCCAGUAUCAGCAUCCUUCGCCAGGACUUCGACCCGCCCAUUCAAUCGCAGGACGAGAAAGAGCGCCACAAAAUGUCCAACCAGAAAGCACGUCGUGAGUCCAUGAGUCGCGCCCGCAACAGCCUCCUCUUCACCACCCUCGGCCCCAGCACCUCCUGGGUGCUCUGGCUCGACUCCGACAUUGUCGAGACCCCAGCGACCCUUAUCCAAGACCUGACUGCUCACAACCGACCCGUGAUCGUUCCGAACUGCUUCCAGCGCUACUAUAACAAGGAUACCAAGAAGAUGGACGUCCGCCCUUACGACUUCAACUCGUGGAUCGACAGUUCGACCGCCGAAGAGCUGGCGGGAAUGAUGGGACCCGAUGAGAUCCUCCUCGAGGGAUACGCCGAGAUGCCCACCUACCGCACCCUGAUGGCCUACAUGGCAAAUACCGGAGCGCCCCGUCCUAGCCGUGAAAUGGAACUUGACGGCGUCGGUGGAACCGCACUCCUUGUUAAGGCGGAUGUGCAUCGCGACGGCGCCAUGUUCCCCGCCUUCCCAUUCUAUCACCUCGUCGAGACGGAAGGCUUCGCUAAGAUGGCGAAGCGACUGGGAUAUUCCGUCUACGGCUUGCCUGAUUACUUUGUGUAUCACUAUAACGAGUGAUGCGAUAGAUUCCAAUUACGAGAUGAGUUCACAUGAAGCGAACACCAACUAUAGACCGGAAUGAAGAAUGUAUUUUGCUUUACUUUACUUUGCUUUGAUUAGACUAUAUUAGUUGACGAUCCACGUCUACUAUUGCUACUUACUGACUACGCUUUUAUCCAUCUACAUCUACCCGAGGAGUUAGUUUCAUGUUAUGUCCGCGCGCUGGGCGCUUAGUGGUUCUGG